CCGAGAACCUCAGGUUGAGAUAGACAUCGAAGAGAAUGGUGGCACAGAACAAACCCAUGACAAUGAUGGACAGAGUGAGGGAGAAGAUGAUCACAAUGAAAUCAAAGACGGCAUUGGGAAUAUAGGAGGAGAUGAGACUUCACCCAAUGGCAUGGGAAACCAUAAUAGCCAGCAUCUUCAUGAUGUCAUCGGUGGCAUUGAUGAUACAGCAGAGGAUGAUGAAAGUAGAGCUAAUGAAGAUAAGCCCUUGAUGAAUG